AUGGAUUCACCAACAAUUUCGACUACUGCACCAAAUAUACCAAAUAAAUUGUCAGAUGAUUAUGGUACACUUGAUUCAUCGGAUGUAAAUCAAAAUCAGAUUGACCAGAAAACUCAUCUCAUUGCAGAAUCAUACGUAUUAGAAUCUGAAGAUGAUAAAAAUGGCCUUGAAACUCAAUUGGUAAAAAAAGAAAAUUACGAAAUUCCGUUUGAUGCAAAAACAUUGCUUGAUAAUAAAUUAUCAGCAUCACUAUUCGAAAAUAACGGAUUGGAUAAUAAAUUAUUACAACUGAAUGAUACAUUGAAUAAAAUCAAUCAAAAUAAAGAUCAAACACUUGCUAAUUUUUCAGAAAUAAAAAAGUAUACUAAAAGUUUAGAAACUUCAAUAAAUGAUCAUCAGCAAGAAGUUAAAAUAUUGCAAAAAAUAAUUUUUAACAUAAGUCAAAAAGAUCUUGUGGAAUCAGCUGAUUUAUUGGAGACAUUGAUAUCUAUUAUGAAAUUUAAUGAAGAUAAUGUACCAGAUGACUUAUUGGAAAAAAGACGACGAUUAUUUGAACAUAAUUAUGAUGAAAAUGAGACAGUUGUAGUUAAUUAUUUAAGAAAACAAUUUGAUGAUAUUGCUUUAUCGUCUGAUAGCAAAUAUUGUAAUAAAUAUUUCUGCAACAAAAAGAUAUCUUAUUAUGAUUCAAAUAUUUGUGCAUUGCUCAGUGAAGAUCCGGAUAAUUAUAGAAUUGAUCUCACGCGAAGAAAUUUGGUUUAUCUUCCAAAAGAUAUAUUUACUGGCUUAAAAAAUCUUAAAGAUCUUAAAUUGUCGAUCAACCGAAUAUAUUAUCUUGAGUCGAGUACUUUUAAUAAUUUAUCAAAUCUUCAGAGACUUAAUAUUUCCAACAACAAUCUAACUAAAUUACCAAGCGAUAUAUUCAAUGGUCUUAAAAAACUUGAAGUAUUAAACCUAUCCGUGAAUAAACUAAAUUACCUUCAACCAGAUACUUUUGAUGAUUUAUCAAAUCUUCAGAAACUUAAUCUUAGUUACAACUGUCUAACAACAUUUUCGAGUGAUAUAUUAAAUGGUCUUGAAAAACUCAUAUUUUUGGACCUAACAUCGAAUAAACUAAAUUCUAUUCAACCAGGUACUUUUAAUAAUUUAUCAAAUCUUAAAUAUUUUUUGAUAAACGAUAAUCAUCUAACAUCAUUACCAAAAAAUAUAUUUACUGGCCUUGAAAAUCUUCAAGUGCUAGGCUUGUCAAACAAUCGACUAAAUUAUCUUGAUUCAGAUACUUUUGGUAAUUUACCAGCACUUAAGAAACUUGAUAUUGAGAACAACAAUUUAAAAAAAAAUUCAAUAAAUAUGUUAAAGAACAGUAAAAGCUCAAGUGAAAUGGAUAUUAUUUACGAAAAAAAUAAUACGAGAGUAGAAUUGCACCGUAUUAUUGAUAUUUUGAAAUCAGAGAUAUCUUUAAAAAGUCAACAAUACUCAGAAAUGUCACUACAGUUAAAAAAUAAAAUUGAUGAAAAUGAAAAGAUUAUUCAAGAGUCAGUUGCUAUGAAGAAAGACCAGGCAGAAAAAUUAAAAGCAAUAGAAAAUGAGUAUCAAUUAAUUUUGACAAAUAAACAGCGAGAAGUUGAAAUAUUGAAAGAAAUAAUUUUCGAAAAUCUUGAUGGAAUAGAAGCUUUAUUCAAGACAUUGAAAGUUAUUUUUAAAUUCGAUGAAGACAAUGUACCAGAUGAUUUAAUAAGAAAAAGACAAAGCUUAAUUCAAAGCCCUAUCUAUAAUGAAAAUCAGAUGGUUGUAGUUGAUGAUUUAAGAAAACGAUUUGAUGAUAUUGCUUUAACAUCUAACAGCCAAUUUUCUAAUAGAUAUUUUUGUAAUAAAAAAAUGUCUUAUUAUGAUUCAACUACUUGUGCGUUGCUCAAUGAAAAUCUAAAUAGUUAUGUAAUUGAUCUUAGCGCUAAAUGUUUAGGUGUUUUUCCAAAAGAUAUAUUUACUGGCUUCGAAAAUGUUGGAGAGCUUUAUUUGUCCUGGAACAGACUAUAUUAUCUCGAGUCAGGUACCUUUAAUAAUCUAUUAAAUCUCAAGAGUCUAAGUAUACGAAAUAAUCAUCUAACAUCAUUGCCAAAAGAUAUAUUUACUGGCUUGAAAAAUCUUGAAAAUCUUGAUUUGUCGGAUAACCGACUAAAUUAUAUUGAGUCAGGUACUUUCAGUAAUUUAUCAAAUCUUCAGAAACUUGAUAUUAGCCACAACAAUUUAACAGCAUUAUCGAGCGACAUAUUCAAUGGUCUUAAAAAUCUCACAUGUUUAAUCCUAACAUGGAAUAAACUAAAUUCCCUUCAACCAGGUACUUUUAAUGGUUUAUCAAAUCUUGAGAGUCUUUAUAUUUGCAACAACAAUCUAACAGCAUUAUCAAGCCAUACAUUCAAUGGUCUUGAACAACUCAGAGUAUUAGACCUACAAUCGAAUAAACUGAAUUCUCUUCAGCCAGGUACUUUUGAUAAUUUAUCAACUCUUCAGAGUCUAUAUAUUCAAAACAACAGUCUAAAAGCAUUAUCAAGCGGUAGAUUCAAUAGUCUUGAACAACUUAGAGUAUUAGAGCUAUCAUGGAAUAAUAUAACUUCACUUCAACCAGGUACCUUUAAUAAUUUAUCAAACCUCAAGGAACUUCAUAUCCACCAUAGUAAUCUAACAUCAUUACCAACAAAUAUAUUCACUGGCCUUGAAAAUCUUGAAUGGCUAUCGUUGUCGAACAACCGACUAAAUCAUUUUGAUUUAGAUAUUUUUAGUAAUUUACCAUCAAGUCUCCAGAGUCUUGAUCUGUACGACAACAACCUAACAGAAUUACCGAGAGAUAUAUUCGAUGGUCUUGAAAAACUCGAACGGUUGGAUAUAUCACAGAAUGAACUAUAUUCCCUUCAACCUGGUACUUUUUAUGACUUAUCAAAUCUCUGGGAACUAUUGAUGGAGAGAAAUAAUCUCAGAUCAUUAUCAGAGAAUAUAUUUACUGGCCUUAAAAAUCUUGGAAAGCUAAACUUGUUAUACAAUCCACUAAAUUAUCUUGAUCCAGAAAUUUUUGAAAAUUUACCAAAACUUUUUGGACUUAGAAUUCUGGAACAACAUUUAACAACCGAUACAAUUUAUAUCAAAAAUGUUGGCUCAAGUGAAAUGGAUUCACCAACAACUUCGACCACUGCACCAAAUAUACUAAAUAAAUCGUCAGAUGAUUAUGGUACACUUGAUUUAUCGGAUGUAAAUCAAAAUCAGAUUGACCAGAAAACUCAUCUGACUGCAGAAUCAUAUGUAUUUAAGAUUGAAAAUGAUAAAAGUGAUUUUAAAACUCAAUUGGCUGAUCAACAAAAAGAAAAAGAAAAUUACGAAAUUUCGUUUGAUGCAAAAACAUUGUUUGACAAUAAAUUACCAGCAUCACUAUUGGAAAAUAACGAACUUAAUAAUGAAUUAUUGCAACUGAAUGAUACACUGAAACAAACACUUGCUGAGUAUUCAGAAAUAAUUAAAAAAUAUACAAAAAGUUUAGAAACUUCAUUCAACGAUCAUCAGAUGUCUUUAAAAAAUCAACAAUACUCAAAUAUAUCACUACAUUUAAAAAAUAAAAUUAUUGAAAGUGAAAAGAUUAUUCAAGAGUCAGUUGCUAUAAAAAAAGACCAAGCAGAAAAAUUAAAAGCAAUAGAAAAUGAAUAUCGUUUAAAUUUGAUGAAUAAACAGCAAGAAAAUGAAAUAUUGAAAGAAACAAUUUUCGAAGAUCUUGAUGGAAUAGCAGAUUUAUUAAAGACAUUGACAGUUAUUGCUAAAUUCGAUGAAGAUAAUGUACCAGAUGAUUUGUUGGAAAAGAGACGAAAAUUAUUUAAACUUAACUAUGAUGAAAAUCAGACAAUUGUAGUUGAUGAUUUGAGAAAAAGAUUUGAUAAUAUUGCUUUAAGGUCUAACAGCCAAACCUCUAAUAGAUAUUUUUGUAAUAAGAAAAUGUCUUAUUAUGAUUCGACUAUUUGUGAAUUUCUCAGUCAAAAUCUAAAUAAUGAUGUAAUAAGUCUCAUCGAAAAAAAUUUAAGUGUUAUUCCAAAAGAUAUAUUUACUGGAUUUGAAAAUGUUGAAAGGCUUUAUUUGUGCUGGAACAGACUAUAUUAUCUAGAGUCAGGUACUUUUGAUAAUCUAUUAAAUCUCAAGAUUCUUGAUAUACGGUUUAAUCAUCUAACAUCAUUACCAAAAGAUAUAUUUAUUGGACUUAAAAAUCUUGAAGAACUUGAUUUAUCAUAUAAUCGAUUAUAUUAUCUUGAGUCAGGUACUUUUAGUAAUUUUUCAAAUCUUAAGAAUCUUUCUAUUUCUGACAACAAUCUAACAGCAUUAUCAAGCGAUAUAUUCAAUGGUCUUGAAAAACUCAAAGUAUUACACCUAGAUUAUAAUAAACUGAAUACCCUUCAACGAGAUUUAUUUAGUAAUUUAUUAAAUCUUCAGCAUCUUAAUAUUGCCUACAACAAUCUAACAGCAUUAUCAAGCGACAUAUUCAAUUCUGGUCUUGCUCAACUCAGAUCACAAUCGAUUUCUGGCUCAAGUGAAAUGGAUUCACCAACAACUUCGACUAUUGUACCAAAUAUACCGAAUAAAUCGUCAAAUGAUAAUGAUACAGUUAGUUCUUCGAAUGUAAAUCAGAGACAAAUUGACCUUAAAACUCAAUUGGCUGAUCAAAAAGAAAAAAAAAACUACGAAAUUUCGUACGAUGCAAAAACAUUGGUUGACAAUAAAUCAUCAGCAUCACCAUUGGAAAAUAACGAAUUGAAUAAAGAAUUAUUGCAACUCAAUGAUAUACUGAAAAAAAUAAAUCAAGAUAAAAAAGAAACACUCGCUGAAUAUUCAGAAAUAAAUAACAAGUAUAAAAAAAGUUUAGAAACUUUAUUUAACGAUCGUCAGGUAAAUUUAGAAAAAAAUUUAAAAAUACUUGAAUUGAAAAAAAAAGAUAUUAUUCAUGAUAAAAAUAAUACGAAAGUAGAAAUGCAGCGUGUUAUUGAUAGUUUGCAAUUAGAAAUAUCUUUAAAAACUCAGCAAUACUCAAAUAUAUCACGACAGUUACAAAAUAAAAUUGAGGAAAAUAAUAAAAUGAUUCAAGAGUCAAUUGCUUUGAAGAAAGAACAAGCAGAAAAAUUAAAAUCAAUGGAAAAUGAAUAUCAUUUAAAUUUGACAAAUAAACAGCAGGAAGUUGAAAUAUUGAAAGAAAUAGUUUUCGAAAAUUUCGAAGAUGAUGGAGUAGCAGAAUUAUUAGAUACAUUGAUAUCUAUUAUGGAAUUCAAUGAACACGAUGUACCAAAUAAAUUAUUGGAAAAGAGACAACGAUUAUUUGUAAAUGAAUAUAAUGAAAAUCAAAAAGUUGUAGUUGAUGAUUUAAGAAAACGAUUUGAUAAUAUUGCUCUAAGGUCUAACAGCAAAUUUUCUAAUAGAUAUUUUUGUAACAAAAAAAUGUCUUAUUAUGAUUCGAUUAUUUGUGCUUUUGUUUGUGAAGAUUGGGAUAAUUAUGAAAUUAAUCUUCAAUUCGAAAAUUUAGCUAGUAUUCCAGAAGAUAUAUUUACUGGAUGUGAAAAUGUUAAAAAGCUUUUGUUGAGCCAGAACAGACUAUCUUAUCUAGAGUCAGGUACUUUCAAUAAUUUAUCGAACCUCAAGGAUCUUUCGAUCUACCAAAAUCACCUAUUAUCAUUACCAAAAGAUAUAUUCACUGGCUUGAAAAAUCUUACAGAUCUUAAUUUGGCGUACAACCGACUGGAUUAUCUUGAGUCAGGUACUUUUAAUAAUUUGUCAAAUCUCCAGGUACUGUAUAUCUGCUUUAACAAUCUAACAGCAUUAUCAAGCGAUAUGUUCAAUGGCCUUGAAAAACUCAAAGUACUAUAUAUAUCAUCGAAUAAAUUAAAUUCUCUUCAGCCGGGUACCUUUAAAGACUUAUCAAAUCUUCAGCAACUUAGUAUUGGCCACAACAAUCUAACAGAAUUAUCACGUGAUAUAUUUAAUGGUCUUGAAAAACUCACGUGGUUAAAUCUAUCAGGGAAUAAACUAAAUUCUCUUCAACCAGGUCUCUUUAAUAAUUUAUCAAAUCUCAACUAUCUUCUGAUAAUCGAAAAUCAUCUAACAUCAUUACCAAAAAAUAUAUUCACUGAUCUUAAAAACCUUCGUGAGUUAUUGUUGUCAAACAAUCGACUAAGUUAUCUUGAUUCAGAUAUUUUUAAUAAUUUACCAGCACUCAAUAAACUUAAUAUUGAGGAGAACAAUUUAACAACCGACACAAUAUAUAUGUUGAAGAAUACGUACUUUUUUAGAAAUUUUGAGUUGUGGUUAUAAAAUCAAUAACAUUCUAUCAAAAGCUAUUUAAAAUAUGUUCACUAUAUU